AAUUUUCUUUUCUCUCCUUUUCCAUUUUUCUCAGUGUCACGAACAUGAACCGUCAUUUAAAAUCAGUGCGUCGUUUGAUUUUUUAAUGUCAUUUGGUUUCCCAGGUAUCUUUCCUGUUACUGUAUAUUCUAUCGUCUUCAUGCUUUGUAUGCAUUUCUGUGGUGCUUUUUUGUUGCUCUCUGCGAGCUGGUCCUGUGGCCAUCAUUUUGAUGUAAUACUAGCAGAUCAGGUUUCUGUUGUCAUCCCACUGCUAAAGCUUAAGAAGACGACAAAGGAAUGGCAGAUAAGAUUCUUGUUAACAGCAAAUUCACAGCAUCUAUGUUUGCCAAGACAUUUAAGAAUCUUAACGCCUGAGGAAAUUCAGCCAGCUGUUCUUUACCCAGCUGUUAAUGUGAAUCAGUUUGAUGAACCCACCAAUUCGUUUAAGAUAAAUUCUCUGUCGAUAAACCGUUUUGAGAGGAAAAAGAAUAUAGACAGCAAUUUCAGCUUUUGCUAUGCUUCGUACCCUUGAAAGAGAUGUGCUUCAAGUUCCUAAUCUGACUGAAACUUCCCUGACAAUUGCAGGCAAGUUCCUAUCACUGAGUAAUCUAUUAAUCUUACUGACGGACAUGUUAUACUAAGUUAUCAACUUUGUCGAAAGACUAUAUGAUAUUAAUAGCGUAUCAAUAACCAAGCAGAAGCAUGCAGUAA